AUGAACCUUUUCACGGCCAUUAACUCCGCGAUGCACAUUGCUCUGGAAACGGAUCCCACAGCUUGCGUCUUCGGGGAGGACGUGGCUUUUGGCGGAGUCUUCCGGUGCUCUGUCGAUCUGAGGGACAAAUUCGGCCCACAACGUGUCUUCAAUACACCCCUCUCCGAGCAGGGUAUCGCCGGCAUGGCUGUCGGGAUGGCUGCCGUUGGAUACACGGCCAUUGCGGAAAUUCAAUUCGGAGAUUACAUUUUUCCGGCCUUUGAUCAGAUUGUGAAUGAAGCCGCCAAGUUCAGGUAUAGGAGCGGUAACAACUGGAACUGCGGGAAGGCGACUUUCAGAUGUUCAUGGGGGGCUGUUGGUCAUGGCGGUCUGUAUCACUCUCAGUCUCCGGAGGCCUUCUUUGCCCAUGCGGCUGGCAUUAAGGUCGUAAUACCCAGGGGCCCCUACCAGGCGAAAGGCCUCCUCUUAGCCUGUAUCCGAGAUGAGAAUCCUUGCCUCUUCUUCGAGCCGAAGGCGCUAUACAGAGUUGCAACGGACGAGGUGCCCACAGGCGAUUACACGCUGGAUCUGUCGAAGGCAGAUAUUAUCCAGGAAGGAGAACAUGUAACUGCCGUGGCGUGGGGCACACAAGUGCAUCGGCUGCUCCGGGCAGCUCAGAUGGCAGAGAAGGAGGGCAUCAAGGUGGAGGUUAUAGACCUUCAAACCAUCGUUCCUUGGGAUGUCGACACCGUCAUCAACUCAGUCAAGAAGACUGGACGCCUCCUUGUAUCCCAUGAGGCACAGCAAACUAUGGGCUUCGCUGCGGAGAUCGCUACGACGGUGCAGGAAAAGUGCUUCUUCAGCUUGGAGGCACCCAUAAAGAGAGUCACGGGUUAUGACACACCCUUCCCUCUCGCGUAUGAGCCGGUGAGGGCUUAG